AUGUUAGUUUCACAAAUUUCUUCACCGGGGGAUUGGGUCACCAACGUUGAUUUGGAGCUCCAAGGGAGUCUUCCGAAACCAAUUUGGAAUAAGCAGUCGAUUUACAAGAUAUCAGAAGGCUUUGGCAAUCCUGAACGCAAAGAGGCCUACAAGCCUAAGUUGGUGUCCUUUGGGCCCUACCAUUAUGGUGAAUCCCAACUGAAACCGGUGGAAGAUCAUAAGCAUAGAGUGCUCAUUCACUUCCUUGGAAGAGCAAACAAAAGCGCCUGUGAUUGUGUGGCUGCUGUGGAGGGAGUGGUGCAACAACUGAUGGACUCCUAUGAUCAGCUAGCAGAGGAAUGGAGAGAUAGAAGGAGAUUUUUGCAGCUGAUGAUCCGUGAUGGGUGUUUCAUGAUGGAGAUCUUGAGAAAUGUGGGAAAGAGCGAAAGUGGCUAUGCAGAUGAUGAUCCCAUCUUCAGCAACCAUGCAAAGAUCUGUAAGUUGCCUCGCAUAAAAAGAGACAUGUUGAUGAUUGAAAAUCAGCUUCCUCUUCUGCUGCUGAAGACGUUACUAGCUUUUGAAACCGGAUCUCCCCAGGAUGAUGAAUCCAUAAACGAUCUGAUAAUGAAAUUCUUUGACUCGAACUGGUCAACCUCUGAGAUGGGCCAACGCUGCCACGUGUUGGACGUGGUUAGGCAGAGCAUGCUUCAAAAGAGCAUUCGUGAGGAAAAAUCAACGCCGUUGGUUCAAGAGAGUAAUCAUCAGCAGAGCUGGUGUCCACUAAUAUUUUAUCAAAGCAUACGUCCAGUCACAUGGAUGAAACAGAGCAUCUGUCAAAAAAUACUCAACCUAUGCAGAUUAGUUCCCCGAAGCAAGCGUGGCAAGCAAAAGGUGAUAUGGCCCACAUCACAGCUUCAUGAGGCUGGAAUCCGGUUCGAAAGGAGCAAAACCCAAUGCAUCGAUGGCAUCAAGUUCGAUAAAGGCUUCCUAUGUUUUCCCAGCACUCUCAUACUCCCAGAGAUCGAAGUCGAUGAUGCCACCGAAUCUAAGUUUCUCAAUCUAUUAGCCUUUGAGCAACUUCAUGCAGGUGCUGGCACUGAAGUGAGUUCGUAUGUAUCGUUCAUGGAUGAUAUUAUCGAUACCGAUAGCGAUGUAAUCCUCCUCCAAAAUAAAAAGAUUAUAAUGAAUUUUCUGGGGACUGAGAAGGCCAUUGCAGACCUCUUCAGAGGGCUGGCUUACGAUGUGCCCAUCGAUCCAGAUAGCAGUCUUGGGUUGGUGCAGAGGGAUGUGAAUAAUUACUGCAUCAUUAACCCUCGUCUCCGUUUUAACCAGUCGUUGGCUGAGCUCUGGAAGACCUACUUCAGAAGCCCAUGGACUUGCAUUUCUCUCCUUGCUGCAAUUUUCCUUCUAUUCGUCACUGCCACACAGACGCUGUUCGCAGUCCUUGAUUACUAUCAUCACUAA